AUGUUUAAAAACUUACCAAGACAUAUAGUUUUGGAUAUCUUGCAAUACUUGAGUAUUUAAGACAUUCUGAGGAUGAGAAGAGUGAGCAGAUAAUUGUGGAUGAUAAUAUAGGCUCAUUAUCAAAUGUGUUUGUUUUAAUGCGGUUCUCAGAUCGAUUUGUCAAAAUACAAGGUGAAAGGAGUAAUGUUGUAGAUAGUGGCCAAGGAUUCAGGAGUGAGCAAACAUAAACCAAUGCAAAACUAUUUGAUGAAGUUGUGCAGUGGGCGAAUAGAAUUGUCUUAUUAUGAUAGUGCCUAUUAGAAGGUGGGUUCGGAUGAAAUCGUGUAUGUGGUUUAGAAGGGAAAGGAGAAGGAGAUCAUUCGAAAUUUGGAGAUUGUGGGAGUGUCUCCAUCGUCAAUUAGUGUGUAUCCAAAUUCUUCAUCGUGUAAAAUACUAUCAAUUUUAUGUAUGAUACUUUAUGUGUGA